ACACACUCUCUCUCUCUCUCUGUGUGUUCAGGGUGUGCGGAGGGAUACGCUCGAGACGCCACUGAGAUCCAGAACAUCCAGAUUGCUGAAGGAGACGUGUGCCGUGGUCUCUCCAUCCCCAUCUACAUGGUGUUUCCUCGCCUCUUCACCUGCCCAACUCUAGAAACCACCAACUUUAAAGUCGAAUUUGAGGUGAACAUCGUGAUCAUUCUUCAGGACGAUCAUCUGAUAACAGAAAACUUCCCGCUGAAGCUGGUCAGAGUCUGACAAUCUGAAGCUUUGAAGGAAUCCCAUUUUUCUUGCUAUGAACGAGAAGCUGCCAUUUUCUCCACAUUCUUACUCUCUGGACCAUGAGUGAAUAUUCGCAUUUCUGUAAUAUUAAAGUGUUUAUUAAAAUCAUCUGCUCACCUGA